GUGUUGUUUGAAGUGAUUACAGCAAGAUUGUAAAAGCCGGAGAAAACUACGAUUUUAAUAACUAUCGUGAUUUCACAAGUUUGUUAUUAAGAGUAAAGGACGCCGUAAAUUUAAGUUCUAUAUAAAAGUAAAUCAGCAAAAAUGGAUAAAAGCAAGGAAAAGGAGGAACAGAGUAUCAUGGAUAAAUCCAUGAGAUCCGUUUUUGUUGGUAAUAUACCAUAUGAAGCAACGGAGGAAAAGUUAAAGGAUAUCUUCAGCGAGGUUGGGCCAGUGCUGUCAUUCAAACUCGUGUUUGACAGAGAGACGGGCAAGCCGAAGGGCUAUGGGUUUUGUGAGUAUAAAGACCAGGAGACGGCCCUCAGUGCUAUGAGGAACCUUAACGGCUAUGAAAUCGGUGGCCGUUCCUUGAGGGUAGAUAAUGCGUGUACGGAGAAAUCCAGGAUGGAAAUGCAAGCUCUAAUGCAAGGUCCCCAGGUAGAGAAUCCGUAUGGGGAGGCGGUGGAACCAGAGAAAGCCCCUGAAGCCAUCAGCAAGGCUGUGGCAACCCUGCCACCGGAGCAGAUGUUUGAGCUCAUGAAGCAGAUGAAGCUUUGCGUCCAGAAUAAUCCAACAGAGGCAAGAAAUAUGUUACUGCAGAACCCGCAGUUGGCAUAUGCAUUGUUGCAAGCCCAGGUCAUCAUGAGGAUUGUAGACCCGGCCACUGCUGUUAGCAUGCUUCAUCCCAGCAACCCCGUGCCUCCCGUCAUUCACCCUGGCGAUAAGGUGCCGCUGCCGAACCCUUACAUGCCCAACAUGGUACCUCCAAAUCAACAACCGCAGCCGUUGCUGGCUAAUCCAGUACCGCCGCCGUCUAACCAAUACAACCCGCGCCCGCCGCCGGCAGCGAUGGCGGACAUCGACCUGCGCGGCGCGCGCGCGGCGGCGCCGAUCCUCGACCAGGACAUGCGCAGCCUGCCGCCCAUGCCGCACCCCGUGCCGCCGCCCAUGCAGGACAAUGGUGCUCCCCUUGUGGAAACACAAGAAAUCUCGUACCCCCGCGACCCCCGUCUGGCCGGCAACUUCAACUCGGACCCGCGCGUGAGGAACGCCGACCCCCGCACUCAGCCCAAGAUGCCGCAGCAAAUGCCGCCAGGAAUGCCGAGCGUUGCACAGGCUAGAACCAUACAGGGUAUUCCUUCCGGAGCUUCUGAUCAAGAAAAGGCGGCGCUUAUAAUGCAAGUGCUGCAACUAUCGGACGAGCAGAUCGCACUGCUGCCGCCCGAGCAACGCGCGAGCAUUCUCAUGCUCAAGGAGCAAAUCGCGAAGAGCACGCAGCAACGCUAGUAAUUACAUUACUACUUACAUUAUUAUUUCUUACCAUGAG